AUGGCUCUGCUGGCGCGGAUCCUCAAAGCCCGUCUGAGCCCGGCGCCCGAGCGGGGCCCUUGGCAGCCUCGGCCCACGGACGCCAGGCUCCCGGCGAGGGCGCGGGCCGAGGACAAAGGAGUCGGGCGGCCGGGGGCGCCGCGGGCCGGGGGCCGGGCAGAGGGACCCCGGAGCCUCGCCGCCAUGCCGGGGCCCCGGACCCUCGCCAACCUGGUGGAGCUCUUCUGGAAGGACGGCUUCAGCCGCAUCCACGAGAUCCAGCAGAAACAUACACGGGAAUAUGGAAAAAUCUUCAAGUCUCACUUUGGUCCUCAGUUUGUAGUAUCUGUUGCAGACAGAGACCUGGUGGCUCAGGUGCUCCGGGCAGAGGGGGCCGCGCCCCAGAGAGCCAACAUGGGGUCCUGGCAGGAGUACCGAGACUUACGGGGCAGAUCCACCGGGCUCAUCUCCGCGGAGGGUGAACAGUGGCUCAAGAUGAGAAGUGUGUUGAGACAAAGAAUUCUGAAACCGAAAGAUGUGGCCAUUUUUGCAGGAGAAAUCAACCAAGUUAUUGCUGAUUUAAUUAAAAGAAUCUACUUCCUCAAGAGCCAGGCAGAAGAUGGGGAGACUGUGACCAACAUCAAUGACCUUUUCUUCAAAUAUUCAAUGGAAGGAGUGGCCACCAUUCUUUACGAGAGUCGUCUGGGCUGCCUGGAGAACAGCGUCCCGCAGGCGACAAUGGACUACAUCGAGGCCCUGGAGCUCAUGUUCUGCACGUUCAAGAUGUCCAUGUACGCCGGUGCCAUCCCUAGGUGGCUCCGCCCGCUCAUCCCCAAACCCUGGCGGGAAUUCUGCAGGUCCUGGGAUGGACUCUUCAAAUUCAGCCAAAUUCACGUUGACAACAAGCUGAGGGACAUACAGUGCCAAAUGGACCGAGGGGAGAGAGCGAGAGGGGGCCUGCUCACGUACCUCUUCCUCAGCCAGGAGCUGACACGGGAGGAAAUCUACGCCAACAUGACCGAGAUGCUGCUGGCUGGCGUGGACACGACAUCGUUCACGUUGUCCUGGGCAGUGUAUCUCCUCGCGAGGCACCCGGAAGUGCAGCAGACCGUGUACCGGGAGAUAGUGAGGAAUUUGGGGGAAAGGCAUGUUCCCACGGCUGCAGACGUCCCCAAAGUCCCACUGGUCCGAGCUCUGCUUAAGGAAACCUUGAGGCUGUUUCCAGUGCUGCCGGGGAAUGGCCGGGUCACCCAGGAAGACCUGGUUGUUGGCGGGUAUCUGAUUCCCAGAGGCACCCAGCUGGCCCUCUGCCACUAUGCCACCUCCUACGAGGAUGAGAACUUCCCUCGGGCCAAGGAGUUCCGGCCUGAGCGCUGGCUGCGGCCAGGAAACCUGCGCAGGGUUGACAACUUCGGGUCCAUCCCCUUCGGCUACGGGGCUCGAAGCUGCAUCGGGCGGAGGAUUGCAGAACUGGAGAUCCACCUCCUUGUGAUUCAGUUGCUUCAACGUUUUGAGAUCAAAAUAUCUCCAUGGACUAAAACUGUUCAUGCAAAAACCCAUGGGCUUCUGAUGCCAGGGGAGCCCAUCCACGUGCGUUUUGUUAACAGAAAGUGAGCCUGGCGUUUUCACCCAGCUGCCAGACCGACACACACCAGGUGUUCGUGGGCCACGGAUGAUGGUGAGGGAGAAAAGGAUCCCUUCUGGGGGCUGUCUUGGUUAUAAAUUGGCCUCCUGGUUUCUGGGAGGCUUUGAAAUCUUUAUGCAAAGUAAUGUGAGAAGAUUGCUUUACUUUUGCAUACCAGAGUUGCCUUUUCUUUUUUUUUUUUUGGAGAAACAGCUGUUGCGAAGCCAGUGGCACUGAAUUCUCAUGCCUCAUACGGUGUCUUAC